UCAAGGCUAUCGCAAUUUCGCCGAUAUUCACACAUCUCCUCUCCUCAGCGCCUCACGCCUAAGCACCUUCGGAUCAUCUGAAACGCCGAUAUUGAUACAUCCCCAAGUUCACGACCAAAACAACCUCUCCAGCUCAGCUGCUACGACGACCAGCAUUACACCACCCACAGAGCACUUACCACUAGGACCUCGGCUGCGCUAUGCUGGUGGAGGAGCAGGUGGUGGCUCCCUGCGCAUCGGUUCAUCAGCCGCUUCCACCGCGAUAGGGAGCUUCUUUCCUUCUACACGGCCUAACUUCUCUUCUCGUCUGUCUACUGGCAACACAAAUAGCUUGCGUCGUGGCACCAGUUGCUUAAGUCCCUUUCUUGACUAUGGGCCACCGCCUCAGCCUUUGCUUCGACUGCCGAUUCCAAAUUUUAGUCAAUCUCAGCUCGACGAUCCCCACACCGGGGACCUUCGCAGCACCAAACAAGCCAAGGAGAAUUUAGGUGUCGUAUCUAUUCCAUGCAAUAAUCUAUCUUUACUCUACUUCACGCAGUUAAGGUUUUUAUUCUUUAUACCUAGAAAGUUGCUUUAA